CCGCCGCUGCCGCGGCCGCCGCGCCUGGGCCAUGGGGCUGCCCACUCUGGAGUUCAGCGACUCGUACUUGGACAGCCCGGAUUUCAGGGAGAGACUUCAGUGUCACGAGAUCGAGCUGGAGAGAACCAACAAGUUCAUCAAAGAGCUGCUGAAGGAUGGCUCUCUGCUCAUCGGGGCGCUGAGGAAUCUAUCCAUGGCUGUACAGAAGUUUUCCCAGUCUCUGCAAGACUUCCAGUUUGAAUGUAUUGGAGAUGCUGAAACUGAUGACGAAAUCAGUAUUGCUCAAUCGCUGAAAGAAUUCGCGAGGCUGCUUAUUGCCGUAGAAGAAGAAAGGCGUAGGCUGAUUCAAAACGCUAAUGAUGUAUUAAUUGCACCCCUUGAGAAAUUUCGAAAAGAGCAGAUCGGCGCAGCUAAAGAUGGAAAGAAGAAGUUUGACAAGGAGAGUGAAAAAUACUAUUCUAUUCUGGAAAAACAUUUAAAUUUGUCAGCAAAGAAAAAGGAGUCUCAUUUGCAAGAGGCAGAUUCACAGAUUGGCCGAGAACAUCAGAACUUCUAUGAAGCUUCAUUAGAAUAUGUCUUUAAAAUCCAAGAGGUCCAAGAGAAGAAGAAGUUUGAGUUUGUGGAACCACUUUUGUCCUUCCUUCAGGGUUUAUUUACAUUUUACCAUGAGGGAUAUGAACUUGCCCAGGAAUUUGCACCGUAUAAGCAACAGCUGCAGUUCAACUUGCAGAAUACAAGGAAUAACUUUGAAAGUACCCGCCAAGAGGUAGAGAGACUGAUGCAGAGGAUGAAAUCUGCUAACCAGGACUACAGACCACCCAGCCAGUGGACCAUGGAGGGCUACCUUUAUGUCCAGGAGAAACGACCCUUGGGUUUCACGUGGAUUAAGCACUACUGCACUUAUGACAAAGGGAGCAAAGUGUUCACAAUGAGCGUCUCGGAAGUGAGAGCCGGCGGGAAGACGAAUGGCCUCGUUACUGGCUCACCCGAAAUGUUUAAAUUAAAGUCAUGUAUCCGACGAAAGACGGACUCAAUUGACAAACGCUUCUGCUUUGACAUAGAAGUGGUCGAAAGGCAUGGCAUCAUUACGCUACAGGCAUUCUCUGAAGCUAACCGGAAGCUCUGGCUGGAGGCCAUGGAUGGAAAAGAACCGAUUUACACGCUGCCUGCCAUAAUUAGCAAGAAAGAAGAAAUGUACUUAAACGAAGCAGGCUUCAACUUCGUGAGAAAAUGCAUUCAAGCUGUGGAAACACGAGGUAUCACCAUUUUAGGCCUGUACCGAAUAGGAGGUGUGAACUCCAAGGUCCAAAAACUUAUGAACACCACAUUUUCUCCCAAGUCCCCUCCUGAUAUGGACAUUGAUAUUGAGCUGUGGGACAAUAAGACUAUAACGAGUGGGCUGAAAAACUACCUCAGGUGCCUUGCAGAGCCCCUGAUGACUUACAAAUUGCACAAGGAUUUCAUCAUUGCUGUCAAGUCAGAUGACCAAAACUACAGGGUGGAGGCCGUCCAUGCACUGGUGCACAAAUUGCCGGAGAAAAACAGAGAGAUGCUGGACAUCUUGAUAAAACACUUGCUCAAAGUAUCAUUACACAGCCAACAAAAUCUCAUGACCAUCUCGAAUCUCGGCGUUAUAUUUGGCCCAACCCUGAUGAGAGCACAGGAGGAAACUGUGGCCGCCAUGAUGAACAUCAAGUUUCAGAACAUAGUGGUUGAAAUCCUGAUCGAACACUAUGAAAAGAUUUUUCAUACCGCUCCAGACCCAAACAUUCCUCUUCCUCAGCCUCAAUCUCGGUCUGGAUCCCGACGGACUCGCGCCAUCUGUCUAUCCACAGGCUCUCGGAAGCCCAGAGGGAGGUACACACCUUGCCUGGCAGAGCCCGAUAGUGAUUCUUACAGCAGCAGCCCAGACAGCACACCUAUGGGCAGCAUAGAGUCGCUCUCUUCCCAUUCCUCUGAACAAAACAGCACCACAAAGUCGACUUCCUGCCAGCUCAGGGAGAAGUCGGGUGGUAUUCCCUGGAUCGCGUCCCCAUCAUCUUCCAAUGGACAGAAAAGUCUGGGUCUCUGGACAACUAGUCCAGAGUCAAGUUCUCGAGAAGAUGCAACCAAGACAGAUGUGGAGUCAGAUUGCCAGAGUGUGGCCUCGGUCACCAGCCCAGGGGACGUCUCUCCCCCCAUAGACCUCGUCAAGAAAGGACCCUAUGGGCUCUCAGGACUGAAGAGAGCCUCUGCCUCCUCUCUCAGAUCCAUCUCUGCAGCUGAAGGAAACAAGAGCUACAGUGGAUCCAUUCAAAGCUUAACUUCUGUAGGUUCCAAAGAGUCACCCAAAGCCACACCAAACCCAGAGCUGCCUCCGAAAAUGUGCAGGAGGCUAAGGCUGGACACUGCUUCCAGCAAUGGCUACCAGCGACCGGGCUCAGUAGUGGCAGCAAAGGCCCAACUAUUUGAAAAUGCCGGGUCGCUCAAGCCAGCCUCUUCGGGACGCCAAGCCAAAGCCAUGUACUCCUGCAAAGCAGAGCACAGCCAUGAACUGUCCUUCCCCCAGGGGGCGAUCUUUUCCAAUGUACACCCAUCAGUGGAGCCAGGGUGGCUGAAGGCGACUUAUGAAGGCAGAACAGGACUAGUCCCUGAAAACUAUGUUGUCUUCCUCUAAUAGAAUUAGUGGAUGGCAGUAUCUUCAUGGUAUCCAUGGUAACACAUAAUAAGUGCUAUGAUUUUAUCUGACACAGAUAUGGGGACCAGCCACUAAAUGAAAACCAUCUGUUUGUCUCAAGUUCUUCACCAGCAGACUAUGUAGCUCUCACUGAUGGAAAGAGAACCACAAAUAUUUACAUCACAGCCAUUCCUUUUGGCUGUUUUCUUACUUUUAAAAUAAUCUUGCUUUUUUAUUUUUUGGUAAGAAGUGAUUUUUGACAGAGUCUGUUCUGUAGAGCUGCAGAAUCCCAGAUACUGAGCUCAGUUCUGCACACCGCAGGUUUGGAAGUCAGAAACCUGCAGUACCCAUGCUGAUGUCUGUUGUUCUGCAUUGCCUGAUAGUUUCUGGAGAACCUUGAAAUCAUUACUUUAAAAGUGUAAUUUAAAUUGUUCACUUAUUAUUUUUGUUUCUUAAAAAUAUACUGUUUUUAUGUGUGGUUGUUUUGCUGGUCCUAAA